CCAUUGUCUGCAGCAUGCAUCCAUAGCAUGGCUGAUUGGAGGAGACGAGAGAAUCACCUCCCAACUCUGCUGUAUAGCUGUAGCUGAAAAAAGCAGAAGAGGAUGUUGUCACCAAGGAAACGAAAAAUCUGACUGUUGCCAAGAGGCUGAGCAGAAGAUCUGUGACGUCACCCUGCGGCUGUCCAUCUGAGAUGCUGAAAAACACAGACAAGAGAGCAAGAGAGAGAGAGACAGGUACAGAGGGGGGCAGAGGAGACUCCAAGGCUGCAACACCAGACACAAAGCUGGAGCAAAAUCCUCCUUGUAGAUAUAUUUCAAUGAUUGCAUCUUAUUCAGGAUGAUUACGCUUUUAUGAAACUGCAGUAUUAGGCUGGAUACCUUAAAAAUAGUUGUAUGACUUCAGCAAUGCUCUAGGAAGAUCCAUGGUCCUCACCCUUCUCAUCUCAGCCUACAAACUCUGCAGGCAUAUCAACAUGUUUAACAACGAGCGCCUUGUUGUGCCUGGAUAUGUAAACAAUAUGUGCUGGUGGCAGACGUCCGGGGGUACAAGCAAGAGUCAAGACGUGUCCCCAGGAGCUACCGUAGAUGUUCAGAUGGCUUUGGACAGGGUCCUUCCUGACCUGCAUGUGGCCAUUUCUAAGCUAAAGCAAGCUAUGUGUGAAAAAAGCAUCUGUGACACCAUCACAGAAAUUUUCCAAAUGGUGGAAGAGGCAUGGGUGAUGCCAGCAGUGGGAAGAGAGGUCGCCCAGGGCUUGUGUGAAACUAUCAGACUGGAGGGCGCACUAGACCUUCUUUUGAGUUUUCUUCAAUCAACAGAGAAGGAGGUGCAGUACAAGGCAUGUCAGCUCCUGGAACAAGUCCUGGUGGCAGAAAACCGGGAUCGAGUUGCUCGUGUAGGCCUGGGAGUGAUCCUAAACCUUGCAAAAGAAAGAGAUGACCCAAGACUUGCUAGGAGGCUCUCGGGUGUCCUGGAGCAUAUGUUCAAACACUCUGAAGAGACCUGCAGACAGCUCAUAUGCGAUGGUGGUCUUGACUCAAUUCUUUUCUGGUGCCGUUGGACAGACCCAAUCGUUCUGAGGCAUUGUGCCAUGGCCCUGGCAUAUUGUGCCAUGUACGGCGGACCUUCCAAUCAGCGUCUGAUGAUUGAGAAAAGAACAGCUGAGUGGUUGUUUCCAUUAGUCUUUUCCAAAGAAGAUGACCAGAUCCGAUUUCAUGCUUGCCUUGCAAUUACAGUAUUGGCAACUAACAAAGAAAUUGAAAAGGAAGUGGAAAGAUCAGGCACACUGGCACUGGUUGAACCCUUUAUUUCUUCUUUAGACCCUCAGGAAUAUGCCCGUUCUCUUUUGAACAACAGUGAUAACACGCAAGGAAGGACAGCUGGUGACCUACAACGUCUUGUGCCACUGCUGGACAGUUCACGGCUAGAAGCUCAGUGUAUUGCUGCUUUCUACUUGUGUGUAGAAGCCGCCAUCAAGUCCGAACACAAGAAUACAAAGAUAUUCAAUGAAAUUGGAGCUACACAAAGCCUACGGCGAAUUGUUUGUUACUCAGUAGACUGUACGGUUUCUGCCCUGGCUAAAAAAGCCCUUCGGAUGAUGGGAGAAGAGGUCCCGUCCCGCAUUGCAAGCUCAGUACCUAACUGGAAACCUCUGGAAGUUCAAAACUGGCUGCAGCAGAUUGGCUUUGACAAGUUCUUGAAAGUAUUUAUGGAAUAUCAGAUUGAUGGUGACCUCCUGCUGAGGCUGAAUGAGACAGACCUGAAAGAAGAUUUGGGUAUGACCUCCAAUAUCGUCAGGAAGAGGUUUUUACGUGAACUGGUGGAAUUGAAGACUUUUGCCAACUACUCCACAUGUGACCGCAGUAAUCUGGCUGACUGGCUGGGCAGUGUAGAGCCAAGAUUUAGGCAGUACACUUACAACCUGGUCACGUGUGGCAUUGACCGCAACUUUCUGCAUCACGUCACUGAACAGCAACUGGAGAAGGACUGUAACGUUACUACCGGCUUCCACCGAGCCCGUAUAUUAAAUGCAGCAAGAGAGAUGCUGCACUCACCCCUUCCAUGCAGUGUGGGUAAAUCAAGUUAUGAUGGCCCUGAUGUCUUUAUCAGUUAUCGAAGGAGCACUGGAUCACAGUUGGCCAGCCUUCUGAAGGUACAUUUAUAUCUACAUGGCUUCAGUGCGUUUAUUGAUGUGGAAAAGCUGGAGGCAGGGAAGUUUGAGGACAAACUGAUUCAGAGCGUGGUCAGCGCAAGAAACUUUGUCUUGGUUCUUUCAUCUGGUUCUCUGGACAAGUGCAUGGGGGACAAUGACUGCAAAGACUGGGUGCAUAAGGAGAUUGUCACAGCAUUAGACUGUGGUAAGAACAUUGUGCCAGUUACCGAUCACUUUGAAUGGCCAAACCCAAUAAGUCUCCCUGAGGACAUGAGAGCAGUGCUAAAAUUUAAUGGCAUCAAAUGGUCUCAUGAAUACCAGGAUGCAACCAUUGAAAAGAUUAUUCGCUUCUUGCAAGGUCGCUCCUCUCGGGAUUCCUCUGUUGGCUCUGAAAGUCUAGAUGGUACUCCACCUCUUGGUGAGAAGUAGAACAUGCAAUGAGAAGCCAAACUCCAGACAAGUGAUACCUGUAGACAUUCCUGUUCCUGUCCCUGGCCUAACCAUGCUGUGCUCUGGAGUAACGUCUACUGUUCUUCAAGCUUUCAACUCCUCCAGCUUGGUCUUUUCCCUCCAGCACCUUGAGAUUUCUCAGGAGAACCAACAGAACUUUCCGUAAUGAUAAAUGGGAUCAAUCUGUAGCAAUAGUGCACUAGGGUUACAUAGAUUACUCUUAAAGGUAACAUUUUACUCAAUCACCGGUGGCCAAAAAGCAGGGUUACUCUUCAAAUGCAUCUGUUCAUUAAGCUUGAUUCCUCUUGCAGACAGAACUUCAAAAGACAGUCAGCACUGGCUGUUAUCAGGAUCUUACCCAAACACCUUUUAGUAUUUCACAGACAACUGCCAAGCGGUUAUUAAAUCAGGAUGUGCAGAUCCUUCCCGGUAGUGCUACCAAUAACGGAAUCAUAAGAUGUUAUUCAAAGUCUGGAACAAAAUAAGUGACAUAUACAGCACUAUCAGUGAGAUUAUAGGAUCUCCAGCUCUCUGUAAUACAUGGCUUGCCUUUCAUUCUUUAUGUCUAUAUAUUAAAGCCACCCUCAUUUACACUAUACCUCCAUAUUACUACCGCUCCAAUCUAACCCUGAAUCGGCUAUUUACAUUUUAAUUAUCAGAUGUGUACCUUAUAUUU